AUGUUAUCAAAAUUACAGAUAUCGUCAAAUAUAUGCAUUCGAUUGUCCGAAACCCUCGUCUCACCUCACCUCGUCAGCCCUAAUCUCGUCCUCUUCGCCCGUAAACUCUCUGCUGAAUUCUUCGUCUCGAUUCUGUCGUCUUCGUCGGCGAAAUCAGACUUCAACUCCUCCGCCGGAUUUUACGAUUCUGGGAUGGACAACAUGGAUUUUGAUAGUGCUGCUGUUGAUGGUCCUUACUUUUUCAAGGUUGUUGUCUCUCUCACGUCCAAUACGAUGACACUGCCUCCAGCCACACACCGCCAUUACCGUGGUGUCGUGUUUCUACAGAGGUUCUGUAUUCAGACCAUUGAGGGUCGUAAGUACGAGACGACUUUGACUAUUGUAAACAACUACCCCACAUUAGUGGAUGGGUGGAGAGAGUUCAUUCAGUCGGAAGACUUAUCCAUAGGCUGCAUCCUGGUUUUCCAUCCCAGGACGAUAUUUGACUUUCAAGUGUGGGUGAUGCAGCUUAACGGAUGCGAGAGGCAGCCGCAGUUCAUUCUUAAAAUUAAGCCAACUCAUGUGGAGCGCGCAAGGCUGGUAUGUUGUUCCGUUCAAUAG